CAACGGACAUCGACUCCCAAUGUUGAUGUAGCCUCCUUUCGAAUUCGUUCCAUCGCCACUCUUCCUUCCAUUUAUCUUCCCCUUCCAACCUCCCAUUACGCCUCUUCACUCUAUCUCCAUGGCCGCAGCCCUCCUUCGACUCACUGUAGAUCCCAACUCUAAGCUCCUGCUCGGCCCCGUCCGUGGCCUCAGGACACCUCCGCCCCACCUCCGCCUCCUCCGGUGGUCCUACGCCCAAGGCCCUCUCCGCCUCAAUGCCAUCGGGAUCGACGCCGCCACUUCCGGCGAGUUCCACCAAGAUUUGCAGAUCAAGACGUCAUCCUCGGUAUUGCUCGAGGUCGGAGGGAUGAUGUGCGGUGGCUGCGCCGCCCGAGUCCGCUCAUUGCUGUCCGCGGAUGACCGGGUUGAGUCCGCCGUGGUCAAUAUGUUGACCGAGACGGCUGCGGUCCGGCUCAGGUCUGGUGGCGGAGAACCGGAUCUGACCGCCGAGCAUCUGGCCGGCAUAUUGACCCAGUGCGGUUUCCCGUCGAAACGGAGAAGGUUGGGGUUGGGGGUACGAGAGAACGUGGCCAAGUGGAAGGACAUGUCGGAGAAGAAGGAAAAAUUGCUUGCUGCGAGCCGCAAUCGUGUUGUGUUCGCUUGGACGCUGGUGGCGCUGUGCUGUGGAAGUCACGCUUCGCAUCUUUUGCACUCUUUUGGGAUUCAUGUGGCUCACGGAUUUUUUUGGGAUUUAUUGCACAAUUCUUAUGUGAAAGGUGGCAUUGCAUUGGGAUCACUUCUUGGACCUGGCAGAGAUUUGCUUUUGGAUGGUUUCAGAGCAUUUGCAAAUGUAUCACCAAAUAUGAAUUCCCUUGUGGGUUUUGGAUCUGUUGCUGCCUUUAUGAUUAGUGCAAUGUCUGUGAUCAACCCUGGGCUUGGAUGGGAAGCAACUUUCUUCGAUGAACCUGUCAUGCUUCUUGGUUUUGUACUUCUUGGGCGUUCUCUUGAAGAGAGGGCUAGACUUAAAGCAUCUAGUGAUAUGAAUGAACUGAUGUCAUUGAUAUCCUCUCAGUCACGUUUGCUAAUUACCUCAUCUGAAGAAAAUUCUUCAUCUCCGGGCUUCCUAAGUGCAGAUGCAAUCAGCAUUGAGAUACCAACUGAUGAUGUUCGCAUUGGAGACACAGUACUUGUUUUGCCUGGGGAAACAAUUCCUGUUGAUGGGAAGGUUCUUGGAGGCAGAAGUGUUGUUGAUGAAUCCAUGCUCACAGGUGAAUCUCUUCCCGUACUCAAGGAGCAAGGUCACCUUGUUUCUGCAGGAACAGUAAACUGGGAUGGACCUUUAAAAGUUAAAGCUGUGAAAACUGGUGCUAUGUCAACUAUUUCUAAAAUAGUUCACAUGGUUGAGGAAGCGCAAGCCCAACAAGCACCAAUUCAAAGGUUGGCUGAUUUGAUUGCUGGACCUUUUGUGUACAGUGUUAUGGGGUUAUCUGCCGCAACUUUUGUUUUUUGGUAUUAUUUUGGGACACAAAUCUUUCCAGAUGUGUUACUUAAUGACAUUGCUGGUUCUGAUGCUGAGCCAUUGCUUUUGAGUUUGAAGCUCUCUGUGGAUGUGCUGGUGGUUUCAUGCCCUUGUGCGCUAGGACUAGCUACUCCAACUGCCAUCUUAGUGGGCACUUCUUUGGGGGCUAGAAAAGGACUUCUCAUCAGAGGUGGUGAUGUUUUGGAAAGGUUGUCUGAUAUCAGUGUCAUUGCAUUUGACAAGACUGGAACACUCACAGAUGGAAAGCCUGUUGUUAUUGCUAUUGCUUCCUUGACUAAUGAAGACUCUGAGAUCCUUCGGUUAGCUGCUGCUGUGGAGAAGACAGCAUCACAUCCAAUUGCUAUGGCUAUUUUGGAUAAAGCUGAGUUGCUUAAUUUAGGAAUCCCUAGCACUAGUGGCCAACUCACAGAACCUGGUUUUGGUUCCUUAGCAGAAGUAGAUGGUUCUCUAGUUGCAGUUGGUAGGCUUGAUUGGGUACAUGAACGUUUCCAGCAAAAAACAACUGAAUCUGAAUUAUUGGAUCUUGAUAAGUAUGUUGAAUGUCUAUCAUCGAACAUGGGAAUAUCAUCAAAUCAGUCAAAAACAGUUGUUUAUGUUGGGAAGGAAGGAGAAGGCAUAAUCGGGGCAAUAGUAGUAGCUGAUGUUCUGCGUCAAGAUGCAAAUAUUACGGUUGGCAGGCUGCAGGAAAUGGGAAUAAGGUCAGUCCUUGUUUCUGGGGACAGGGAAGAGGCAGUGAGGAGCGUUGGCAAGAUGGUCGGAAUUGAAAACACACAUGCAAGCUUGACUCCCCAGCAAAAAUCUAACAUUAUAUCUAAUUUGAAAGCUGAAGGACAUCGUGUUGCUAUGGUUGGUGAUGGUAUAAAUGAUGCACCUUCUUUAGCGCUGGCUGAUGUGGGAGUUGCAUUGCAAAUAGAAUCUAAAGACAAUGCCGCCUCUAAUGCUGCAUCAGUUAUUCUUUUAGGCAACAGGCUUUCACAGAUAGUUGACGCUAUAUCACUAGCCAAAGCAACAAUGGCAAAAGUUCACCAGAAUUUGGCAUGGGCAGUGGCAUACAAUGUAGUCGCCAUCCCCAUUGCUGCAGGGGUUUUGCUCCCGAAAUAUGAUUUUGCCAUGACACCUUCUCUGUCUGGAGGAUUGAUGGCAUUGAGCUCAAUUUUCGUUGUUAGCAAUUCGUUGCUGCUGCAGCUACAUGGAUCAUCCUCUAAGAAAGACAAUUGCUAAAGAGGAAAUGUCGGAAAAUAUUCUUCUCAGUGCACAUAAUAUUUACAACAGAUUUUUGUCUGGGUCCAAUCAUAGAGGAUAUCUAACGGAGUUGCUAAGUACAUCUAUUGCGGGUGAUUGAUUGGUAGGGUUGUGCAAGAAUCAGCUUAUAAUAUUAUAAACUAUUCUGUUCAAAGUAUCUGUUGUACUAUGGAAUUCAUCAUGUAUUUCUACUUGCUACGUAACCUUGUGGAGUUCAUGUAUGUGGUAAUGUCAUAUUCUCUGUAAAUAAAUGUUGUUCCAAGAUUACUGAGACAAAUUAUAGACAAAGAUAUUGAUUAACAUAAGUGAUAAUGACCAAGUAUCACUUAUUUAUUCUAA